AUGGCAAUGCUAGCCCCACCGCCUCCGGGCAUGGGUGCUGAGAAUCAGGGCGCCUAUCGCGAUGACCUGAAUACUCACAUGGUCUGUCCUGACUGCAAAAUAUUCCCUCCCAACCUCAUCGAAGAUUCCGCAAACGCCGACACCAUUUGUGGUGAUUGUGGUAUGGUAUUGGCUCAACGCAAUAUCAGUUACGAAUCAGAAUGGCGCACAUUCAAUUCAGAUGAGGGCAAAGGAGAUGACCCCAACCGUGUAGGCGAAGCCGACAACGACCUCCUCACGUCGACCAACGCUGGGACCACGAUUGGUGGCGGCGCCAACGCUUCCAAGGAGACUCGCCGACUCAAGCGCGCUCAGGCUGCUCAACAAGACAGCAAAGCUGACAAAGUCCUCACAAAUGCCUACAUGAUAGUCGAUCAGUGGGGUGAGCGAGCACAGUUGCCCACCAGAGCACGUACCACCGCCAAGUCGUACUACAAGCGCGUUUUCGAGGCUGGUCAGUUCAAGGGCAAGAAUGUUGAGGUUGUACUGGCUUCGUGCCUGUUCCUCUCUUGCCGACAGCACGGUGUUCCACGGUCUUUCAACGAAAUGUUCAGUCUGACCAACGUCGCCAAAAAGGACAUCGGCCGCACCUACAAGCAGCUCGAGAAAUUCUUGCUCAGCGACUCCAACCAGAACAUGGCCAACAUCGAAGCCGAGGGAGGCAUUGUCAGCCGCGAUCACGGCUUUAAGUCUACCUCUUCCACCACGCCAGAUCAGCUCUGCGUUCGCUACUGCAGUCAGCUGGGUCUUCCAUUCCGCGUUCAGACUGUCGCUCAGGCUCUGGCCAAGAAGAUUCCCAAUGUGCCCGGCCUGGCUGGUCGCAGCCCGCUGUCCAACGCUGCUGCAUGUACCUACUUCGCCAGUCACCUCAUGGGAGUCGGCCAGUCUACCAAAGACAUCAGCGACACCGUUGGCGUCAGUGAUGCUACAAUCAAGCAUGCUUACAAAUACCUCUAUGCAGCCAAGGACCAGCUCAUCGAAGAAGAAUGGCUUGGCAUUCAGAAGGGUACGGCUAGCGAUGGUGCCCCGCUUGUCGGCGAUGUGAAGAAUCUUCCCACCGCCCCGCCACUUGGCGCCUAG